AUGGGUUCCACGGACGACCAGGUCAGCUACUAUCUAUACAAACCGAGCCAUGUGCUACCCGCAGUCUUCGCUGUAUUAGUGGGAAUUUCCAUGCUUCUGCAUAUAUUCCAGAACUUUUACUAUAGAUUCUGGCGAAUAACCUUCUUCGUCUCAUGGGGAGGAGCCCUCUUCACAACCGGCUGGAUCCUACGCUGUAUAUCCAGCCAUCACCCCGGAAAUAUGAACCUCUAUAUCGCGCAAUCCGUCUUCAUCUACCUCGCCCCACCAGUCUAUUCUGCGGCCGCAUACAACCUAGUCGGACGAUUAAUGAACUACGCCCCCAUGCACGCCGUCCUGAAUCCCAAUCGAGUCCUGAUAUUCUUCGUCUAUGUCGGCGCGGCAGUCGAGAGCAUCACAGUCGCAGGUGCAGCGAGAACCGCCGCCGCAGGCUCGGAUCUCAACCAGUAUAAAUCGGGCGGGAUCCUCAUUGCCGCUGGUCUGGUUCUUCAGUCUGUGGUAGAAUGUCUGGUCGUUACGAUCGUUGUUACAUUUCAUCGUCGUGUAUCUCGCGCUGGUGCGACUCCACGAAAUGUGAAAACAGUCUGCUACACUCUGUACGGCACCUCGACUUUUGUCCUCCUGCGCUGUGUCUUCCGUGCUGUGGAAGCAUUCGAGACAAUUGGAAAAGUCGGCUGUAGUGAGAAUUGUGGACCGGUCUUGAGUAAUGAGUGGUAUCUGUACGCCUUUGAGCUGGGUCCCAUGAUGAUUUUUACUUAUUGGCUGAAUCUCUUGCAUCCUGGUCGGUUUUUGCCAAGGGAGAAGAAGAGGUUUUUGGAUAUGGAUAGAUCCACGGAGCGUUCCGGACCUGGUUGGAUGGACCGUCGGUCGAUGUGGGAGACUGUGAUUGAUCCGUUCGACUUGGCUGGUAUGAGGAAAGGGCAACCUUCACAUGAUGAAUAUUGGUUGAGACCAGAGGAGUGGCCUGUUUGUGAGAAUGGCAGUUUUGCGGAUGGGACCGCGUCGAACAAGAAUUCGGGCACCAAGAGUUCGAAACGGAAGGCGGGUGAAGUCUGA